GCCUGCGUUUACACGUUUUAAAAAUGUCAACGGUCUCAACCAGUACGGGUAGAGAGACUAACUCUCCCAGGCCGGACACGGGGUCGUCUUGAUACUAAGGCAGACUUAGACACAUGGAGGAGGCCGAUGGUGAGACUCGGCGGCUGUGGGAGAAGCGCGAGGGUCAGGCCGAGGUGCCCGACGUGGACGUACUGUCGCCAUACGAGGAGUCGCAGGCGUCACCGCGCUCCUCCCCCUCGUCCUCGCCGAGAAUUACGCAAUGGCGCUGGACACCACGCAGCAGUCCGUGCACGGACACGGCGGGCCGCUCUGCGCUGUCAAGCUCUCUGCUCUCAUGGCUAAUCAUAACGUGAUCGUCACACACGGCACGCGUCCACAACGCCGCAUUCAAGUAUACGCAGGAUGUUUGUAUGUUGCUCAGUCAGGACGCCUCGACGCCGGCUAGCUGAGGUCCGGCGACUUGUCCCGCUCGAAUCGGUGACGAGACUGUGAUGAUCAUCUCAUAGAAUAUGGUGGCGGAUGUCGACGGGGUGGUGGUCGGGCGUGCUCGAUGGAUAGCGGAUGUCGGCGGGGUCGGGCGUUCGCGGUGGAUAGCGGUUCGGCGCAGCUCUGCGUAACGCUGCACCGCAGUUCGCCAUUGGCCAGGACUUAUCACGUCACGCAAGCAAUCGGGAGGUGCGUUUUGGAGCGUGCGAGGCGUGCGCGGAGGCUUCUUCUUGGAGCCGGAGGACGUCAUCGUAUCAAAAAGGCGAGCGCAUCCACUGACAGC